CCCGGAACCAGUGAGAACGCAGGACUAGCCGGAGCCCGGAAGUGCGGACUCACGCUGCGGCUGUUCCGGAAGCUCAGGUCUAAGCAUGGCUUUGGGAGGGAAGGAAACCAAGAGAAAGAAGGGCCAGGAUCGGAGACAGAGCCCUGAAGAUGGCGUGGGGAAUGCGGCCGCCGACUACCUGGUGGGACAGGUUGCCGACAGCCUGCGGGGCGGCCAGCGCCCUCCUGGAGGCGGGACGGGGCGGCUGGCUGCUCUCUUCAGCACCGCGGAGCCACGCGCACCACCUGUGUUCGUGCCUGUGCCCCAGGAAACAUCUAAAAAAAGAAAACGUGAUGACGAAGAAGAAGAUACAUCACAGAUUAAAAAGCCAGCUUUGCAAAAACCUGCAAAAAAAGUGAAAGCGAAGAAACUCUCUGAUGCAGACAAGAGACUGGCAAACAGGGAAAGUGCUCUAGCAAAUGCUGAUCUAGAAGAAGAGAUUCAUCAGCAACAGGGGCAGGAAAGGAGAAAGUCUCAGUCUCAUGGUAAAGCAGCAGGUGGAGAGGCACUUGGUGUUGCCCUCAGCCUUGAUGGGGACCAAAGAACAAAAGUUCCACUCAACCCUGAAGAAGAGCGGUUGAAAAAUGAGAGGACUGUGUUUGUUGGCAAUUUGCCUGUCACAUGUAAUAAGAAGAAGCUGAAGUCAUUUUUAAAAGAAUAUGGACAGAUAGAAUCCGUACGAUUUCGUUCUGUGAUGCCAGCAGAGGGAACACUAACCAAAAAGUUGGCUGCAAUAAAACGUAAAUUCCAUCCCGACCAGAAAAGCAUCAAUGCAUACGUAGUGUUUAAGGAUGAGAGUGCUGCUACAAGAGCACUGCAAAGAAAUGGGGCCCAGAUUGAAGAAGGAUUUCGUAUUCGAGUUGAUCUUGCAUCUGAAACCACCUCUAGAGACAAGAGAUCUGUAUUUGUGGGCAAUCUCCCUUACAAAGUUGAAGAGGCUGCUUUGGAGGAACACUUUCUGGACUGUGGAAACAUUGUGGCAGUGAGGAUCUUGAGAAAUCCACAAACAGGAGUCGGCAGAGGGUUUGGCUAUGUGCUCUUUGAGAAUACAGAUGCUGUUCAUCUUGCCUUGAAGUUAAAUAAUUCUGAGCUAAUGGGAAGAAAACUGAGAGUCAUGCGUUCUAUUAACAAAGAAAAACUAAAACAACAUAAUUCAAAUCCAAGCUUGAAGAAUGCCAGUAAACCUAAGCAAAAGCUUAAUUUUACUUCCAAAGAUUCAAUACAUUCCAAAAAUACAUUUAUUGGCGAAAAGGCAAUUCUCAUGAAAAAGAAGAAAGGACAAAAGAAAAAAGUAAGAACAAAGAAGCCAAAAAAACAACAGAAAUGACUGAAGCCACCUCCUUCCUUUCUGUGGUGAAUACUUGCAACAAAUGUCUGGAUUUUGUAUGGAUUGUGUGAAAAAUGUGGAGACUUCCACAGUGAUUUGCGUUUCUGUUUGUUUGUAUUUUUUUUGUGUGUGUUCAUAUUAUAUGUAAAGCUUCUUUGAAGCAUUGUUCUUAGAAAUGGAUUUACAGAAAACUAAUAAACAUUAAUACUGGUUGUGCUUA